AUGAAGUCGAAGUGGCUGGCGAAGGUCUUCACGAGAAAAGUAGAAGAGAAUCCGAAGUUGAAGCUGGGCACCAUACAAAGUAGGACUCUUAGGAAGUGGAAUGUGCAGAUUUCAAGAGCAAAGGCAUUUCGGGCCAAGCAGAUUGCACUGGUUGACAUUAAUGGAACUUUUAGGGAGCAGUAUAGAAGACUUUACGACUAUUGCCAUGAGUUGCUGCGCACCAAUCCUGGUUCAUCUGUGAAGCUGCAUGUUCAAUUACCUCCAGCAGCCCAAACUGAGCACCCCGAUACAUUAGUCGACCUAAGUCCACGAUUUCAUAGGAUUUAUAUUUGCUUAAAGGCUUGCAAGGAGAGUUUCAUGAAGUGUAGGCCUAUGAUAAGGCUUGAUGGUUGCUUUUUGAAGACACCAUAUGGAGGAUGGCUAUUGGUUGCUAUGGGGUGGGAUCCGAAUGACCAGAUGCUACCUAUAGCAUAUGCGGUCGUGGAGGCUGAGACAAAAGAUUCAUGGACGUGGUUCCUCUCAAACCUAAUUGAUGAUAUAGGAGCGGAUAAAUUAUUACGUAGCACGUUCAUGUUUGACCAACAAAAGGGCCUGGUGCCAACGUUUGAUGAAAUACUUCCAGGUGUUGAUCACAGAUUCUGGCUGAAUCUUAAGAAAAGGAUGUGGAGAGCUGCAAAAUGUACAUAUCUAGCAGCAUGGGAAAAGGAGUUGAUGGAAAUCCGAGCCAUUAGUGAGGGUGCCUAUCGACACUUGAUAGGAAUUCGUCCAAAGUAUUGGACUAAAUCAAGGUUUGAAUUCUAUCCUAAAUGUGACGCUCUUGUCAAUAAUAUGUGUGAAAGCUUUAACUCUGCAAUUGUUGAAUCAAGGGAAAAAUCAAUAUUGACAAUGCUAGAAGAUAUUAGAGUUUAUUUGAUGAAGAGAUGGGCUGAAAAUAGGGUACUUAUUGAGAAGUAUAUGGAUGAUAUUCUUCCUAGGAUUAAGCUUAAGUUACAAAAGGAAAUAGAUGCUUCUAGGUGGUGGUUUCCGGUUGCUGCCGGCAUUUCAAAAUUUGAAGUCAUAAGAGGCAGGGACAAAUUUGUAGUGAAUCUUCUGAAGAAAGAGUGUACUUGUAGAAAGUUUCAAAUGACAGGUUUACCUUGUCCGCAUGCAGUUAGUACAAUUAAUUGUGCUAAAGAUGAUAUUCGAAAAUAUGUUGCAAGCUGUUACACUAAAGCUGCUUAUGUGGCUUGUUAUACCCCCAUGAUUAACCCUUGUAAUGGAGAUACAAUGUGGGAGAGAACUACUCACCCAGAUGUGAUGCCUCCACCACAUAGAGUGCCAAUUGGGAGGCCUAAGAAGAAAAGAGCAAGGGGGGAGGGUGAAGAACCACAGGGCCCAAGCACAUCUAGGCUGGGGUUAUAA